CUCCGCUUCCCUCCUCUUUCUCUCUCUGUGUCUCUUUGGGAUUAGCGGGGCGGGCGAUGGCAGCGUCGGGGCGGGAGCGGGCCAGCCGAGGAGGCUCGCUUCGCCUCGGGCUUCGCCUCGGGCCAUCGCCGGCCGGGAUAAGGCCGGACCCGGUUCGGGGCGAGCCUUGAGACCCUCUUGUCUCCCUUCCUUCUUUCUUUUUUUAUUUUUCCCGUUGGUGGGAGAGCGGGGUGGAAGAUCCCAUGCUGCUGCCGCCAUGCCGGUGAUGAAAGGCUUGCUGGCUCCGCAGAACACCUUCCUGGAGAACAUCGCCAACAGGUUCGACGGGACACUCUCUCUUCUCUGCUCUUCACAGACAGCAACUUCCUCCUGGCCAAUGCUCAGGUGCACCGUGGGUUCCCCAUCGUCUACUGCUCUGACGGCUUUUGUGACCUCACUGGCUUUGCCCGGACAGAAGUCAUGCAGAAGAACUGUAGCUGCCGUUUCCUCUAUGGCAGCGAGACCAGCGAAGCUGUUUUGCAGCGCAUCGAGAAAGUGUUGGAAGGAAAACAAGAGUACCAAACAGAAGUCUGCUUUUACAAGAAGGCCGGAACACCUUUUUGGUGCCUAUUGGACAUUGUACCUAUCAAGAAUGAAAAAGGAGAGGUGGUUCUUUUCCUCUUCUCCUUCAAGGAUAUCACUGACGGCCAUGGGAAGAGUCACCCCAGUGAGAAAAAGGAUGAAAAGCACCGCUGUAAGAAAGCAGAGAGUUCCCACCUGCGGGCAGCCAGGCGACAGGGGCGCACAGCUCUCCACCAUCUGGCUCGCCAGUUCACCAGGAAGGAACGGACGGAGAUGAAGAUCAACAGUGAUGUCUUCGAGAGCAAGCCCUCCGUGCCCGAAUAUAAAGUAGCCUCCAUACAGAAGUCGCGCUUCAUCCUCCUCCAUUACAGUGUCUUCAAGGCCCUGUGGGAUUGGCUCAUCCUCCUGGCCACUUUCUAUGUAGCCGUGACUGUUCCUUACAACGUCUGCUUCACGGACACCGAAGACAGCUUGGCGACUGCCCGCAGCACCAUUGUCAGUGACAUCGCAGUGGAGAUGCUCUUCAUUGUUGACAUUAUUUUGAACUUCCGGACCACAUACGUUAGCCAGUCGGGCCAGGUGAUUUAUGAACCUCGUUCUAUCUGCCUCCACUACGUGGCUACCUGGUUCUUUGUGGACUUGAUCGCAGCCUUGCCCUUUGAUCUCCUCUAUGUCUUCAAUGUUCCUGUGACGUAUCUUGUGCAUUUGCUGAAGACAGUACGUCUCCUGCGCCUGCUCCGCCUGCUCCAAAAGCUGGACCGUUAUUCUCAGUACAGCGCCAUGGUCCUGACAUUGCUCAUGUCCAUGUUUGCUUUGUUGGCCCACUGGAUGGCCUGCAUCUGGUAUGUCAUCGGCCGUCAGGAAAGCAAUGAUCCAGUGACUUGGGACAUCGGUUGGCUCCAUGAACUGGGCAAGCGGAUAGAGGCUCCGUACCUCAACACUUCUGUGGGUGGACCAUCCAUCCGUAGCGCCUACAUCGCUUCACUAUACUUCACCCUCAGUAGUUUAACCAGCGUCGGCUUCGGCAAUGUCUGCGCCAAUACGGAUGCGGAAAAAAUCUUCUCCAUCUGUACCAUGCUCAUUGGUGCUUUGAUGCAUGCUGUGGUCUUUGGAAAUGUAACAGCCAUCAUCCAGCGCAUGUAUUCCCGACGGUCCCUCUAUCAUACCCGCAUGAAGGAUCUUAAGGAUUUCAUCCGUGUCCACCGCCUGCCCCAGCAGCUCAAGCAACGUAUGCUGGAGUACUUUCAGACUACAUGGUCCGUCAACAAUGGCAUUGAUGCCAAUGAGCUCCUGCGUGACUUUCCAGAUGAACUACGUGCUGACAUCGCCAUGCACCUAAACAAGGACAUCUUGCAGCUGCCACUGUUUGAGAGCGCUAGCCGGGGCUGCCUGCGCGCCUUAUCCUUGCACAUCAAGACCUCCUUCUGCGCCCCUGGAGAGUACUUGCUUCGGCAGGGGGACGCCUUACAAGCACAUUACUUUGUCUGCUCAGGCUCCCUCGAAGUCCUCAAGGACAACAUUGUGCUGGCUAUUUUGGGCAAAGGGGAUCUCAUCGGUGCUGAUCUGCCCAGCAAAGACCAAGUAAUCAAGACCAACGCAGAUGUCAAGGCACUCACCUACUGUGACCUCCAAUAUAUCAGCUUGCGUGGGCUUUUUGAGGUGCUGGAACUAUACCCUGAAUAUUCAGCCAAAUUCAUGGCGGAUAUUCACCAGGACCUCACCUUCAACCUACGCGAAGGCAGUGAGAUUGAGGGACUUCUCCGAUUAUCCAGGUCCCCACGUUUAUCCCAGCCUCAUUCUGAAAGUGGUGCUGCCCCCGAGAAACCCCUACCAUCCAUCCAGGAAUUCAUUGAGGACACUGAAGACAUCUUCCAAUCCUCACCUGCCUCCAUCACCCACCGCAAACUCCUCUUGCCCAACCUCAACAGUCCUGUGAGGAAGGGUUCCAUCAGCAGCCUCCUAGGAGAUGAUCUGCGACAGUUUUCAGCCCUGCGGCUAACUUGCCGGUCUCCAGCUCGCUGCAGCCGAGGCCAUAGUCCUUCUCCACGGUUUCGCCGAGAGGAACGAUUCUCUGACAGUGAGAUCACCUAUGCGCGGAAACCUGGCAAACUCCUCAUUCCUUCUCUCAUGAAUUGUGGACCCCCAGACCUCAGCCCCAGAGUCGUAGAUGGAAUUGAAGAUGACAGCAGAGCAUCAGAGACACAAACCUUUACUUUCAACAUGUACCAGCCUGUUCAGAACUCAGUACAAGAGCCUCCUGUGCCAGGAAUCGAAGAAGCCAACUCUGUGUUCACCUCAGACACUGACGAGGUAAAGGAGAACAUCAGGAGACUCAAUGAAGAGAUCAGCAACCUGAACCGGGAGGUUUCCCAACUCAGUCGGGAGCUGCAACAUCUGAUGAGCCUCCUUCAGAGUCAGCUGGCUGCUCAGUCUUCCAACCUCACUGCCUCAACCUGUCCCCACAACUGCAUUCACAGCUCUCCCUCCACACCUCCUAUCAGCAGACUGCCUUUGUCUCAGACCUCUGCUUCCAUGCCAACCUGUGGCCUCCUGGCCUCCUCAAGUGUAGACUUUUCUGCCUUCACCAGUUCAUUUUCCAAUUGCACAGAGCCCUUGGAACCCCAAGAACAGAGGGGCUCUGCCUCUUGUGGUCCUGCAAGUCCUGCGUACCGGUACCAUUCUCCUCGAGAAGAGACAAGACAUAAAAGCCAUCACCAUGGGCAGACGGACAAUAUGACUUCUUGUUCAAGCUCUCCAAUGUUGUGUUCUGUUACCUCACUCUCCCCAAGAAACUCUUUUUCCAACUGCUCAGGGCAGAGCUAUCCGCCAACUAAACGCUUCUUUUUACGGUCAAGUUCAGAAAGUUUUCGCUGAUGCCAAGGAACCUCCUGCCACAGCCUCUUCCUUUUGGAUAUUCGGUGCUCAGAACUCUGUGGCUGCCAGCACCAUCCUUUCUGAUUUUUUUUUUGGUUACCAAUAGGGUUUUUUUAAAAAAAUCACUCCAUAGGGGAUGGGAUAGAAUUAUUUCUUUGAGAGAGAAAAUUAAGCUCAGUUCCGGAUUCCAGCUUUUGGGUUUUCAGGACUGUUUUGAAGCAGGGGUAAAGAAUUUGUGGCUUUCCAAUAUGUUUUGGCCAAAAACUCUCCACAUAUCCACCCAGCAUGGACAAUGGUAAAAAUGUAGGAAUCAUAACCCAAAACAUGCAAAGGAACAAAGAUUCCACACUGUUCUUUUACAGGGCACUUUAAAAAUGGAAUCAAAAUCUUACUGGUAUGUUUUGAAGGCAAUAAUAUUUACACGUUGACUUUCCAUACAGAAUCAUAUACACCCUAUCUUCAAAAUCCCCAAAUCUAACGGCUACCAUCUAGUCCAACAAUAAGCAUGUUAAGACUUAGAAUUAUACACGCAUGUGAGCCAUAGGGCUGAUCCAAACCAUUUUGGUGGAGGGAUGUGAAUCUAUAUUAGACUGCCAUGGUUGUUAGUUAGCCUGAGGCAUGAUCCAUCAGGAAGUUCAGCUGUGUAAGCCUGACUGCAGAGAAUGGGAAAUGCACAAGAGCAAUACUUGCACUAUUCCAGUUGAUUUUAGUGAGGCUUGUGUGAGAUUCUCUCCAGUGGAUUGUUCCCUAUGGAUCAGCUCUAUCCUCCCUGGGCCACCUUUGAUUGGGCCCCAAAUGGCAGCCACCUCAUCUUGCCCCAUAGUAGCACUGUUUCUGGAGAUCCCUUAAAGAAUAGCUAUACUUUGAGGCAAGGUGUGGUGGAUGCCUUACCUCAUCUGUAUGUGUGUUUUUGUAAUCCAUCUCAAGGUAGAGGCAAUCACUAAGUGAUAUUUUUCCUCAAAUUUGUUCCAUCUUGAGCUUGUCCCUUUCUUCUCCUCCAUCAAACGUCAUAACUGGAAUCUCUUGCUUCUGGACACUGGUUGUUUUUCAACCCUGCUAUACAGCCAAAACUUGUUUUUCUAUUAAAUUAUUUUCUCUUUCUCCUCUUUCUUUAAUAUUUAUGUUGAAAAGGGGUGCCAGAGGGAGUGUGUGAUCCUUCUGUGAAAUGUCUAAAAAUUAAAGAUUUUUGUUUUUCUA